AUUUAUAUAUGUAGUUUUUAGAAAUCUUUUAAGUUAUAUAUGAUGUAUAUUCCUUGUGCUGAAAAUGAUGACAAGACUGAAGUGUUUCAUAAAUGCUCAAAUUUAAAAUCCGUUCCAUUUGAACCAGUUGGACGGUGGUUUGAAGGUUGCUUGAAAAGACAACGUUCUGAGAAAUCAGCUUCAAUAAUUGAAGAGGUUGUUGAUCAGCAAGAUGACCUAGAUUGUUUUGAAGAAAAAGAAUUAAGUGCUGAUGACAAAGCUUUCUUAUUAAGCCUUGAUGCUAGUGAAUGGAAGAAACAAGAUCAUUAUCGUGUUCUUGGAUUAGAGAAACUUCGCUUUGAUGCAACUGAAGAAGAUAUAAAAAAAGCUUACCGUAGAAAAGUUCUUCGACACCAUCCAGAUAAAAAAAAAGACAAUGUGUCUCUCUUACCUCCUGAAGUAAAUGAGCAUGAGUAUUUCACAUGCAUAACAAGAGCCUACGAAGUACUUUCAUCAGUCGAAGAUAGACAAGCUUAUGAUAGUGUUGACGAAGAGUUUCCUGAUGAAAUUCCAAGUUACUCACCAAAACAAGACUUUUUUGAGGUCUUUUCAAAGUAUGUCAAACUGAAUGCAAGGUGGUCUAGUCAUCAACCAGUUCCUUUGCUUGGAGACAUGAAUACAAGCAUUGAAGAUGUUAAUGCUUUUUAUACUUUUUGGUAUGACUUUCAUUCUUGGAGAAAUUUUUCAAAUCUUGAUACAGAAGACACAAGCAAAGCAGAAAGUCGUGAAGAACGUCGAUGGAUGGAAGCAGAAAAUAAAAAAAUGAGACAGAAAAGGAAAAAAGAAGAAAUUGCCAGAAUAAGAAAGUUAGUAGAUGUACUGUUUCAAAAUGAUCCUCGUUUAAAAAAGUACAAACAAGAGCAAAAGUUAAAAAAGUUGGAAGAAAAAAAAGCUAAAGAGAAAAUUGAACAAGAAAAAGAAAUGCAACGAAAAUUAGCUUUGGAAGAAGAAAAGAAAUCAAAAGAUAAAGCAGAAUUAGAAGCUAAAGAAAAAGUGCUGAAAGAGAAAAAAGAAAAAGAAAAAUUGAGAAAAUCUGCAGCUAAAGAUCGAAAAACUAUCAAGCAAGCAAUAAAGAAUGAAAAUUACUUCAAUAUUGAUGAAGAUGAAGUCAAAGGAAUGGAAAGACUAGAAGUUGCAAUGGAAAAUUUAUCCUUACCAGACUUGCAGGAACUUCGUGAGCUAGUUGAAAAAGGAGACAAAGCACACUUAAAAGAUGUUUAUUUUAAAAGAUCAACAGAGGUUUUAGAAAAAAUACAAAAUGAAAAAGAAGAGAAACGCAGGAAAGAAGAAGUUGCCAUGGCUACAUCAAAUAAAGUUGCUUCUGCUGAUAAUUUUUCGGACCACAUGUGGAGUGAAAUUGAAAAGCAACUUUUAGUAAAGGCAACCACACUUUUUCCAGUUGGUACAAGUUCAAGGUGGGAGGUUAUUGCAGAAUAUAUUAAUGAACACUCUGGUUCAACUAAGCCGAAAACAUCAAAGCAAGUUAUCCACAAAGUUAAAAAUUUGCGUAAAUUAGAUCCUUCGCAUAAAGAUGAAGUAAAUAAACUUGCAUUUCAAAAUCUAGAGAAAUCUACUAAUGCCAAAUUGGCAUCAUCAAUAACUGCUGAACCAUCAAAAAGUGAAAGUUUACUUUCUCCUGCUGUAGAGGAAAUACCAUGGAGCUCUGAUGAACAAAAGUUGCUAGAGCAAGCUUUGAAAACGUACGGCGCCAAUACACCUGAACGAUGGGAAAAAAUCGCAAGUGUGAUACCUUCACGCACUAAAAAAGAUUGCAUGAAAAGAUACAAAGAACUUGUCGAAAUGGUAAAAGCAAAGAAAGCGGUACAAGCAGCUUCAUCAAAGAAUUAGAUUUAAUCAGUAAUUGUUAAACAAUGUUUUGCAUCGUAUCGAAUAUCAAAUAAAAUUAAGAUACAAGGCAGGAAGUAAUUAAGAUUUUCUUUAUUACUUCCUGCAUUGCGAAGGGUUUCAAAAUUGUGCUUCUAAAUGCACGAAACAGUAUAAAGUAUACUUCUUAUUUUUUUGUAACUAGACAGCUUAUUUUGUACUUUUGAAUCUGGUUUCAAGUUUUAAAGAAGUUUUAGAGAAACAUGUUUUGAUAUUUUAAAAUAUUUCUGUAAUACAGAAAAAAUGUUUUAUAUCUUAUUUUAAAAAAUGUUAAAUUCUGUCUCGAGUGUUUUUAUUUGCAUGUUGAUUUAUACAGUUUUAUUCAUCUUUGUUAUGUAAUUCUACAUUAGUUCAACAUAAUGUUAUCUAAACAGUAUAUUAUGUACAACAAACUGUCAAUAUUUGUUGCAUUACCAUUAUUUACAAAAACUAACCUAAA